AAGUGUAGGAUGUAACUAUCAGCGGUGAAAACGAAGGCAAAUUUCCAACUGAAAUGAUAGUGAUGAACGUUGCGGAAAAGAUCCAACGACGAGUUUUCCCCCUAUGAAAAGUGAAUCGACUUCCAAGUUCCCGCACUUUGUAAAAUAGUGCCAGGCACACGAGGUGGUGAAAUUUCGGUGUAACCGUGAAAACAAACAAAUUUUCGAUUUGGCACAAUUUAUUACAACUCGGGCGGUGCAAUCCGAUCCGGAUCGUGUGAAACCGCGGCCAGACGCUGCUGGCUGCUGGCUGUAAUUGAAACCGUUUUUCCAUCAGAUCCGGAUUAUGUAAUCAGGAGCACCUCAUCGCAACCUCAUCGGAAUGAAUGCUACUGCACCGAAGAAUCGGUUUUUAGCAAAGAAACCGAAUCCACGCGCCAAAACCCAUUAGUGUUAAACUUAAGAGCCCAGACCAGAAGGCAACAUAAUGCAUCGUCGUGAAACCAAGCAGCGAAGAAAUAGAGCAAAGUUACCCGCAUUACUAGUGAGUGAGCAUCCGCGAACCCGCGCCGCGGUCGCGUCGCGGUCUGCGUAGUGUAGUGUAGUGAGUCGAGUGAAGCCAAGUGCGCGAAACCUCCCAAAGGCCAAAUCUCGUUUCACCGCGUAGAAAAAGGCAGGUGAUGAAGAAAUUCAUCACAACCAAAUUGCACGCGGUUGUUUCGGUUUCGGUUCAAGAGCAAACCGUGGAAGUGGAAAACGACAACGGCGACGAAGAAGAACAAGCAGAAGAAGAAACCGCGAAAAAGUUCGUUGAUGGCGUAGUGGAUCUACAAUCAGUAGCGUCACCAUUUGGAUCAUCACCGCUGUCGUCGUCGUCGUCGUCGCAGUCGUCGGUCAUGACAUUGAAUUCACCCACCAGUAAGCACCACAGAAGCCUGAAGAAUAGCAUUAGUGGUGACGGCGGCACUAGUGGCGGUAAUAAUAAUAGCAUUACGACCGGAAUGAUGACAGUAGUGGAGGUUCCGCCUGGUGGUUCACCUCAAUUGGUGCAUCAGCAGCAGAAGCAGCAUGCCAUGAUGGGGCAACCGAUUAGUGGUGGCGGCGGAAGUACGACGACGACAACGACAAUCGCUCCGACGGCUGCGCAAGUCAAGAUGAGCGGCUAUCUCAAGAAAAAAAGAAAUAAGAUGGGCGGCUGGCGGAAGAUGUACUUCAUCCUGCAGAACCAACUGCUGCUCUCCUACUCGUCGAAGGACGACUACGAGAAGAAGCUCGCCCCCUUCAAGGACAUCAUCAACCUGGUGCCGGGCACGGUCAUCAUUCCGACGACGGGGCCCCGCUUCACGAUCGAAACCAACUCCAAGGUGCUGUACACGUUCCGCUGCGACGAUCAUAAAAGCUGUUCCGAGUGGAUUACGGCAUUGCUGGAUAGCCUCAAGGGUGACGGCAGUGGCGACAAAAAGUUCAGCCAUCACGCCUUGCACGGCACCAGAACCAGCAACCUGCAGCACCAUCUGACCCGCCGCUCGCUGUCCUCCCUGUCGUCGUCAUCCUCAUCCACCUCCUCCACAUCCACCUCGGCAUCGGCGGCCUAUGCCACCGAUGACCCAUCCAAGAUGGCCAUUACCUCGAUCAGGCGACUGCAGCACACCGCCGCCGCCAAUCAUCUUCAACCUGCUACUGCGGCUGCUGGGACCCACCAGAAGCAAAAGCAGACUUCGCUCUCGGCGCCCAACUUGUUCUACGGUUUCGGUAGCAACGGAAGCGCCAGUGGUGCAACGGUGGCAAGUGCCAUCGCCACCGUCAGCAGCAGCAACGUGAAAAUGGGCAAAUUGGUGCAGCUGCCCAUCGCCGGUGGUACGGCGCGGCUGUUGGAGAGGGGUGGUGGCGGUGGUGCUGGUGCUGGUGGCAGCAGCGGUCAGAAGAUGUACAAGAUUCUGACCAUCAACGAGGACGAAGACGAUGGGGAAAACGAUGAAAAGCCAGUCCCAUCGUUGUUGGCGCGUGCUGGUGCUGGUGGAAACGGCGCAAGACGCCGAGGGGACCUAUCGUCGGGGAUCAAAGUGACGACCGGCCUCCCCGCCUCUGCUGCUCCGUCUCACCAACCAACCGCCGGGGAAUCCGAGGAAAAGACUACGGCGGCAACCGUAGCACCCCUCAAUGCUAGUGAAAACCCAAUGGAACCUUCCGCGGCGGGCGGCAAGGGAACAGCGACCAGACGGGGGGACGUACUGUUUAACAGCAACUUCCGACUGCACACCAAUCUCGGUAGGAUGCAGCAGUCCAUUGAGGUGUGUCGGAUCAACAGUAUGUUCGGUGGCGGGAAGAAGAUAACAUCGUCGUCGUCGUCAUCGGUUGCGCCCGGGAAGCGAUUGAACAAUCACGCGGUGGAUAGUGCAAACAGCAACAACGGUGACAGUGGCAACGGUUUGGCGGCCAGCACCGGUGAUCUGCGGUACCACAGUGGUAGGAUCGGCCACGGAAGCGGCGGCGCGAACAACAACGUAAUCCGCAAUAACCUACGGGGUACCCCCGGGGGCAGUGCUACCGAUCUGCGAAGGAAACCGCCGUCGGAUUUGGUGACAUCGGCUUCGGCGAUGGUGGAACCGAAACCACUGAAAGAUAUCAACCACAACAAUUUGGCCAAAUGGAGUGCUGAAAGCAUCACGAUCGAGCUGACGGCGAAUGGCUACAACAUGACCGGCACCGGCAUCAAAAGCGUCGGCUCAACGGACACCCUGUACCGGCGGAAGCCCAAUGCCACCACGACGACGGCCCCCAAUGCCCCCAAUGGUUCGGAGUCCAUUGUGCCUCGAAGUCGCAGCCGAAGCAACAGCCACAGCAGUAACCUUCAACCAUCAUCAUCAUCAUCACCGCCAUCGGUAUCGGCGUCAUCUGCAUCAGAAUCAACGUCUUCUAGUCAGCAGAAAUCACUUGGCGGUGGUGGCUUCAGCAGCAAGACCGACCUCUUCCGAACGGGAGAUGAUCGCUCCGUUCCCACCAGGAGGAAUGACCGCGACAAAGUCGAUUCCCCCCUAAUGGUGGAGCCCAUCUAUGCGGUGGUGGAUUUGAAGGUCAAGAAGGCUCGACGCCUCAAUCAGCUGCGGGAGCCCGAUUCGCUGGGAUCAGUCGAAGACGGAGGAGGAACGACGGAGGACGAACACAGCAGCAUCAAAGUGGACAUGGUGCGCGAUAGGGAAACGGGUCGACUCAAGGAGAAGUCCCGGAGUGCUAAUUUGUUGCCGAUUGGUGGUGCGGGUGGAAGCUACGGUGGAAGCAAUGAUUACGAAGAGCUGAACGAACUGAUUGCGGAGAGUUUCGUCAACUUUGGUGAUGAACCGGAGGACUCCAACGAUGGGGAAAACAUCUAUGAACCGAUUAACAUUCCGGAAGGACCUCUAACGUCGUCAUCCACCUCUCUACCAUCGGGUCAUCCCCCGGUCAGCUCAUCGCAAAUGAACAACCUGUGGCGCAACCUGAAGAAAAUGAACCUCAAUCACCUGUUCAAGCAAUCGAGCUUACAGGACCAACCGAACCAAAGACCCAUCCCCGCUGUCGAAGACGAUCUCGCAACCGCCGCUGCUGCCGUCGCCAAAGCCUCCACAUUCAGCGAGUUCAGCAAGAAGUUCGGUCAUCACCGCCGAUCGAUCAAGAACAAAAUGCGCGGCUUGUAUGAACGCGGCCAAUCGGUGGAAGCCCCCGCCAAAGUCGGAGGAUCUCAGUCGGACGAAAAGAACCAUCAGCUACGGAUCAACAAGGGAUCUUCGGAAGGCGGCCGAUCGCACAUGUUCAGCAGCACGUUCGGACGGAACAAAAAAUCGCGCAAGUCGCUUUCAUUUGAUGAUUUCAUACCGCGCAAGAAGCAUCACCAGCAGCAGCAGCAGCAACACCUGAACGGAGUCGGGGUGAUUUGCAAGGCGGACAAAGCCACCAACGAGAAGCUACAUAAGGAGCUGAAACGGCAGCUGUCGAAGCGAUCGAACAGCAGCAGCGGAUGUGACAGCAGUUUCAACGAUGGCAGCAAGAACGCCGGCGGGAUCGAGCUAUGAAUCUGGCAGCACUUUCAUCACGGGAAAAUGUUUGACGAGAACUGUCAAACAUUGUGGAGGUUAUGCUUUGUGGCGUAAAGAAGAGCUGUGUAGGUUAUGUUUUAUGUUCUUUUUUAUUAUUAUCGAUGUUAAAA